UCUAAAGUCUUGUUUUCUAUCAGUUCCUUAGCCGUUUGACCCACGACCGACCGUUUAUGUUCGUACUCGUACCAUUGUAGAGUAGUCCAUAUUCGUCAAGUUUGUACAGAGUCUCGACACGAAUUCUGUCCCUAUCGUCACCCACGAGUGGCCAUCAUGGUGUACUGUAUUGUAUUUCGGUAUAUGAAUUGAAUGCUAUGGAUGCGCAGAAUGCUGUCGAGUCCGCAAACACGAAACAGGCUGCCUCGCCGAAGCGGGGAUUUGCUGAGUCUGAAGAUCCCAAGUCGACGGUGACAGCGAAUAACGCCACAACCAAUAACAUUAAGCCUUCACUGACUGCAAAAACCCCUUCCACGUCUAAGGAGUUGCGACCCGUGCCGAUAUUACCAAGUGCGCAGGAUGAUGAUGUUGGGCCUGAUCAGAACUCGGACGCCGAGACAAUCGUCCUGCCAGGCAAGGACGGUGUCUCUCCCUCGAAACCUCGAAAGGUAAUAAAGCACGAAGAUAGGAGCGAUGGUGAGAUUGAUGAUGUUUUACCGCCUCCGAGGAAGUAUCUGAAGGAUGGUAAAAACGGCGAUCGCAAUGGUGGCCCUUCCGAUGAUGUAGCCUUCCUAGAAAGAAAGAAGCGACUACCUGGAAAAGAGAAGCAACCGCGAAGUAAAGAAGUAUCAAGUGGGCUUAGUUCUGCUCCUGCUUCUCCGCCUCCACACCGUCGCAAUAACCACGAGCACAUCCACCGGCGUCGCAGGUCCAGUGAUGCACAUUCGGAAUCAGGCUCCGAAUCAUCCAAGACGAGACCUAACAAAGAUACUAUCAAACACAAGUCGAAAUCCGUAGAUAGGUUACUACCUGGCAAGCGCAAGGCACCCAAGGCAGAAUCUGAUGACGAAGGCGAGUCGCGGAAGGUUCGUCGACCGCGUAUUUCAGACGCGGGCCUUGACAACCAAGCUGUUGCUAGGGAGAAGGACCAAAAACCCUCAUCAGUCCGCCUUCCCCACGACAGACAAUCCACUUCUCGAAACCGAUCACUGUCACCUCAUGGUCGCGUUCACCGACGUAGCCUUUCAACGCAACUUCCAUCUCAGUCUUCGAAUGGCUUUAGCACGAAGAAAAGGCGUAUACCUGCACCCCUUCAAUCUACCGAUUAUCACUCCGACGAUUCAUCUGCCAGCGGAAGCCCGCAUCCUCGAAGUUCAAAAUUAAGAAGUAUAGCUACCCCCGUCACUGGUGAAUCAACAAUCUCGCCCGCAAGGAUGCCAGCCCACAAGAAGCAUGUUGAUAAUCAUGGGCAGACCUUGCUCGCCAAGGCUUGUGCGAAAGGCGAAUACGAAGCUGCUAAGAAGCGGUUGACCGAACGACCUGAAGAUUUAAAUUUUGCUGAUUACGCUGGAAACACACCUCUGCAAGUUGCGUCACUCAAUGGCCACGAACAAAUUGUCCAACUUCUUAUUGAUGCGGGAUGCAAUCUGGACUGCCGAAAUAGCGAUAAGGAGACACCACUUCUCGAUGCUGUAGAGAACGGCCAUCUAGGUGUCGUGAAACUCUUGCUGAAGGCUGGUGUAAACCCCCGAAAGGCGGAUGCUGAGGGACACGAACCGUUGGAGAAAGUACCCGACGAGCUAGAAAACGCUGAAGAAAUUCGAGCUGCGUUGCGAGAGGCGAAGGAGAGGGUCGGCGAGCUGCGGCGAACUUCCGAAGACCACCCGCCUCACGAUAUGCCGGAUACCCUUUCCUCCCACGGACCUGAAAGCCCCCGUCGUUCACCCGCGGCGUCGGGCAGCAGCACAUUAGCGGCUCAACGCCGCGGCGGUGCCGUACGGUCGACGAAGACCAGCAAUCAUCUGUUGUAUAUGAAUCUCGAUGACAAGACUCUUCGACAAGCUGCGGCGCGAGGUGAUAAUGAGACGGUGACUCGUGUACUGCAAGUCAAGGAACGCUGUGAUGACCCUGAGGCUCUGGUCAAUGCAGCUCGCGGUGGCCAUAGCUUUGUGGUCGAACUCCUGCUCGCCUUAGGAGGCGCGAACCCAGAUCCGCUACGACCUGUUCCAGGCCUCCCGGCAGAACAUGGGACGCCAAUGUUAGCCGCUAUUGGUGGAGAGAAUAUCGAGGUUAUUAAGCUUUUACUCAACGCGUCUAAUUUUGACCCGACUCGUCGUUAUAAAGGUCAAACCUAUUACGAAAUAGCUAGACGUCGGGAGGGACCUAUGUGGAAGGAGGAAGAGCAUCUUCUAAAAAAUGCUUACGACGAAUUUAAGAAAUCGCCUAAAGUUUCCUCCAAGACAAAGUCACCGGGUAGGCGAGACCGUGAUCGCGAACUAGACCCAGAAUCGAGACGUGCCAACCGCAAUGAGUCGAACUUGGACGCUGUCCGAUCGCAUAAGCGUCGGCCAUCUAGCCCCUCCCGAGACGUCGAUUCUAAAAAGAAGGCCAGUCGCGAUCGUAGAGAGUUAGAUAAAGCAAGCCCUCUAGAAAAGACUAGCAUCACUGUAGCCUCCGACGACGUUGACGUGGAUAUGCGUGACGCACCCCAAACACACUCAGUUGAAGAGAGCGAAGCGCAGAUCGACCGUGAGCGCAAAGAGGCAAAGAGAAAGCAAGCUGAAGCUGAAGCGAUAGCCGCCGAGGAAGCGAAGAGAAAGGAUAUCGAACAAAAACGUCAAGAAGCAGAGAAGAAAAAACAGGAGGCAGAAGCACGACGACGGGAAGAAGUUGAAAAGAAGCGUCUUCAAGAAGAAGAGCGAAUCCGCCUAGAGAAAGAAGAAAAGAGGCGAAAAGAAGAGGAGGAAAGGGUGCGACUAGAAGAGGAGCGAAAGGAGAAAGAGGAGCAGGAGAGAAAGCUACGAGAAGAAGAGGAGAGAAAACGAAAGGAGGAGGAAGAACGCAAGCGACAAGAGGAAGAAGCUAGAAUCCGUCGCGAGAGGGAGGCCGCCGAAGAAGCUCAACGCUUGCGAGAGGAGGAAGAGCAAAAGGAACAAGAGCGCAAACGUGCGGAGCGAGCUGCACGUGAAGCCGAGAUGCAGCGUGCUCGCCAGGAGGAGAUGGAGAAGAUCCGUCUAUCCAAGUUGCCUCCUCUAUUACGCUGGCUUGAUGCCUGCCCAAACCCCAAGCAAAAGGAUAUAGCCGAGCUCUUCGCUAUAGCGCGAGGGGUAAGGUAUGAUACGAUUAACCCUUCCGCAACUGGUCACGCAAGCGGACGCGAGCAGUGGUUGCUUAACACCCAAGUUGCCCUACUUUUGGGCGAGAAAGAUACCUCGCUGUCAAGAUAUACUGCGUGGGAACGUAUUCCAGUAUCGCAUAUAGCAAAGAGAGUUAUCUGGCGUCUGGAGCAGGAUAGAUAUGCUCUAACAGAAGGCAAACUGUAUCACUUGGGAGAACAAUUACCCAAUUUCUACGGAGGUAAUCCUUGGUCAGUUGGCUAUAGGAGACUCGAACAGAUUCGUGGUGAGGCGUGGAAGUGUUUCUCCGAGACGGAGAUGUUCUUUGUCAAACAAUCCGACUUCCUCUAUAUCGUUCCUACCAUACCUCACCUUCGUAACGUCAAACUAUCGAUCUGGUAUUGCGAGCUCCCAGAGCAUGAAUCCGCCCUCUCAACUUGGAGUACCCCAGCCAAAUGGAAGCAAGAUCCGGAUGCCGAAAGCCGUGGAGGGUUUGCACCCCAAUCCAAGUAUUAUAUCAACGGGGAAUUGGUGGGCGAGAAGAAGCCACAGCCAUACCAACCAAGCAAAACCCCAUUUCCAGACCACCGAGUCCCAAGAAGGGGCGGGCUUGUUGCAGUCACGCCGGAUGAGCCUGACUAUGCGCGCAUCUGCAUUGAGCAGGGUCUAACACACCUCCUUACGGAUCAACAAAAACAAGCUGUGCUGAACGGGGCACAUUUGACCCCUCGGAGCAUGGUGUCGAACGAGGCUCUAGACUACGUCGGCGAGAAUUUGUCCCCUUCGACCGAAUUACCGAGUACUAGACUAGUCAACGGCAUCAAGAGCGCCCACGAGUCCCCGGACAAGCUUCCUGUUAAUGGCACCAGUGGAGACGACUCGGGGAGCCAACGACGGGGUAGUUAAAUUGGACUAUUUUAACAGCGCAAUACGCAUAUCCUACACACCCUUCACCCUGGUAGCGUUUUCUUGUCCCUGUACGA